AUGGUGACCUGCGGCCCCCCACCCGCCCCAGGCAUGGAGGACGCCGCCUUCCCCCACCUGGGGGAGAGCUCGCAGCCCCCGCCCCGGGCCUGCCCCCAGCGCUGCUCCUGCCCCCGGGCAGACACAGUGGACUGCAAUGGCCUGGACCUUCAGGUGUUCCCGGACAACAUCACCCGGGCAGCUCAGCGCCUCUCCCUGCAGAACAACCAGCUCCAGGAGCUCCCCUACAAUGAGCUGUCACGCCUCAGCAGCCUCCGGACCCUCAACCUCCACAACAAUCUCAUCUCUUCUGAGGGCCUGCCCGAUGAGGCCUUUGAGUCCCUCACGCAGCUGCAGCACAUUUACGUGGCCCACAACAAGCUCUCGGUGGCCCCCCAGUUUCUGCCCCGCUCCCUCCGAGUUGCGGAUCUGGCUGCCAACCAAGUGACGGAGAUCUUCCCGCUUACCUUUGGGGAGAAGCCCGCGCUCAGGUCCGUGUACCUCCACAACAACCAGCUGAGCAACGCCGGCCUGCCCCCUGACGCCUUCCACGGCUCUGAAGCCGUGGUCAUCCUCAGCCUCUCCAGCAACCGGCUCAGCUACUUGCCGCCCAGUCUGCCACCCUCGCUGGAGCGGCUCCACCUGCAGAACAACCUCAUCUCCAAGGUGCCCCGAGGGGCACUGAGCCGCCAGACACACCUGCGGGAGCUCUACCUCCAGCACAACCAGCUGACGGACAGCGGCCUGGAUGCCACCACCUUCAGCAAGCUGCGCCACCUCGAGUACCUGGACCUGUCCCACAACCGGCUAGCCUCGGUGCCCGCGGGCCUGCCCCGCACCCUGGCCGUGCUGCACCUGGGCCGCAACCGCAUCCGCGGGGUGGAGGCGGCCCGGCUGCGCGGGGCGCGGGGCCUGCGCUACCUCCUGCUGCAGCACAACCAGCUGGGGGCGACGGGGCUGCCCGCAGGGGCGCUGCGGCCGCUGCGGGGCCUGCACACGCUGCAUCUCUAUGGCAACGGGCUGGACCGCGUGCCCCUGGCGCUGCCGCGCCGCCUGCGGGCCCUGGUGCUGCCCCACAACCACGUGACCACGCUGGGCGCCCGGGACCUGGCUGGCACACCGGGCCUGGCCGAACUCAACCUGGCCUACAACCGCCUGGUCAGCGCCCGCGUGCACCGCCGGGCCUUCCGCCCGCUGCGUGCCCUGCGCAGCCUUGACCUGGCCGGCAACCUGCUGACCCGGCUGCCCGGCGGCCUGCCCGGCGGCCUGCACACCCUGCGGCUGCAGCGCAACCAGCUGCGGGCCCUCGAGCCGGAGCCGCUGGCCGGCCUGGACCAACUGCGGGAGCUCAGCCUGGCGCACAACCGGCUCCGGGUCGGAGACAUCGGGCCCGGCACCUGGCACGAACUCCAGGCCCUCCAGGUGCUGGACCUCAGCCACAACGAGCUGUCCUUUGUGCCCCCUGACCUGCCCGAGGCCCUGGAGGAGCUGCACCUGCAGGGCAACCGCAUCAGCCACGUGGGUCCUGAAGCCUUCCUCAGCACUCCCCGCCUGCGCGCCCUCUUUCUCAGGGCCAACAGGCUUCACAUGACCAGCAUCGCACCGGACACCUUCCUGGGCCUCCUGCACCUGAGUGUGGUGGAUACGGCGGGCAACCCCGAGCAGGUCCUGGUCCGGCUGCCACCCACAACUCCACGUCAGCCACGGGCAGGGAGCCCCCGAGCCCGGAGGGGUCCAGCAGUGUAGCCCAGACCCCUGGGGCUCCACUGGGUCACGGACCGAGGAGACGGUGCCCAUCCGGGGCCUCAGCCAGGCUCCCCCAGGCCUCAAAGGCCCGGCCAGGAAGCUGGGGACAGGGGCACUGCGUCCACACACAGGGAGCCCCGGGAGAGACUCAAGCAUGCAGCCCGCACACCAGGCACGCAGACCACACCAGCCCCGCCGGACGCGGUCCCCACUCCCCGCACAAGUGGAGGCGGCAACAAUAAAGCCUAAUAACCCUGUCAAGUGCUCACCACCUGCCAGAUGCCCUUCACCUUGCAGGAGGGGCUCUCACCAUCCCAGCAUCC